AUGCAGGAAGUGUCGACACUUGUCACCGUGCAGGGGAUUGAGUUCAAUCCCUCUCUGGACCGGGUGUUCUUCGACUUUGAUGGCGUCUUGCAUACCUCGACACAAGGUGUUAGAAGUGAAAACGGGUUCAUCGAGAACCAAGCGGUGCACUAUGCUGAGUAUUGGAAACUGGAACCGAAUCAGCGGAUGAUUGACUUCAUUGCAGAUCUUAGUUUGAACCAUGGGGUUGCAUGUUACCUGCUUACUGCGAAUGACUACCGGAUUGCGCAGUUGUUCAUGGGCCAACAUGCUCCCCAGCUCAAGAAUGCCUUUCUGAACAUGUUUUCCAGCCUCGCGGACAAAGCAGAGUUUCUGAAAACUAUGCGAGCCACCCACUUCUUUGAUGACAGUGAUUCUGUCAUGUACGACAUCAUGGCGAAGUGUGGUGAGAUGUCGGCGCUUCCGAACCUCUAUUACGUUGACGGAAGCCGCUUCGAUCUUUUGGAGGACAGCCUCGCACUGCUUCCCUGGGACGCAAGGAGGCAGAAAGCAGAACAAUCCGGAAUCGAUCAACCUCCGUGCGCAGAGCUGCACAUCGUUGACACUGUUUUGACAAAGUAUGCGCAUGAGGUUUCCCAGACCAUCUCAAAGAGCGAUUUCACGGUUGCGGCUCCGACUGUGGAGCAUUCUUCCAGGCCUGACUUGUCGAAGCUUGCCAGUUCUCUUCUUUGCAAAGGUCCCUUCGUAGGUGCCUACAGUUUCUUCUUUGGGACUUCUUUUGACGGCAAGUGUCAUCACCAGUUGAAGUGGCCUCCGAUCUACAGACCAACAGCAUGCGUGGCAGAUCUGAUCAGGCAUCAUCUUUUGCUUACGGUUCCUGUCGGCAAGUCAAGUGAGAAUUUCAUCACGUACAGUGGCAACCCGUACGCAGUGUCAGCUGCGCAUGUUGAGGCCAUCAAGGCUAAUCCAAGCCACAGCCUCGUCGACAAUGACAGGUUUCCUAUGCUGGAUAUUGAGAAAGAGGCUCUAGUGUCCCCGGCCGUGAACUUUGCAGAAUACGACCCCAUCGCCUGGCUGCGUGAUUUCUUCGAGGCCUGUCAAGGCUGCAAGGUUGAUGCUGUCGCCUUCCACACCUACACCUGCCACGGGAAAUACCUCAAGGAUCACAUCGAGCAGUACAAGGUGUUCGGGAAACCACUCUGGCUCACGGAGUUCGCAUGCAGUGAGGCCGCUUCCCGCGAGCGCCUGCCUGCAGAGGGUCAGAUGGCCUUCAUGCGUGAAGCCAUCCCCCUGCUGGAGCAGGAGAA